GUUUCCGUAGCAUCCUUCCGGUCGGCAUCACAGCAGUCUUCUUCUGACUCCUUAUCCCAGAACACACAGUUGGGUUUCACUCAACUCACACAGAACAACCCCGUGAUUUUGUACAGCCAACUGCAGUCCACUCAGAUUGCUCAGCAAAUUACCGCUUUACCUUGUGAUUCUGUGCAAAAUGAAGCUCUCUGCACUGAAAUUAUCAGUGUGCUUCACCGAAUUAUAUUUUCCGCGUUUUUCCGAUCUCGAGCUGGGUGCCUAUUGGAAGAUGUGGAGAAUAAAGUGAAAUCUGACGUCUAUUGGGGUUUGUGCGAAGUGGUGACCCGUAACAAGGGUAUGUAUGAGCCGGUACUCAAUCUGUAUUUGCGUCUACUGUUGUCCAGCCUAUCUCCUGGAUUCUUAAGGGACUUAAAGCGUUGCAACAUAAAUGAUUCAUCACUUCCUCCAUCAACCGGUGUGACAUCCUCUCAGACGUCGAGGGUCCCUAUCGGACCACCUGUUUCACUGGACCAGUUGGUUAUGGCAAAUCCGGAAACCGGCGGGGAGUUAUAUUGUUGCGAACAUCCGGACAUCCUAGCUUGGUGUCUUCAGUUGCUAAUUACGCAAUCCGCCUUCUCUCGUGCUUGGCGUCAAUUUCGUCUGGCUCGUUCACACUCAUCUGAGGCCGAGAGUGAAUCCUCCCAGCCUACUGCAGGUUUCAGUCAAUUUACGCAGUCUACUUUAUCUGGAACUGUCGAGUGUGGUCGUUCUGUAUCCCAGUCCUUGUUCACAAAAGCUGUUCGCGUCCUAUUAGCCCUCUCUGACUCACUCCGUGUGACUCCUCUGGACGAUUUUGGUUUGAACGGUGCCACCGAUUUCACCUCUUCUGCGACAGGAAAAGUCAAUCGCCGCAGGGCUGAACUGCUCCUCGGAUUGUACGAUGCCUGCUUGGAGUUUGAGUUGAAAGACCCAUUGGAGUUGAUGAGUAGUUGCAAUGUGGAUCCCUCUCAAGCGAACGAUCAGAACUCUGGUGACCACGGCUGGACCCGCGUUCGCUAUCUAUUUGGACGCCGACUCGCGCUGUUCAACUUACUGAUGGGUCGAACCGGAGCGACUGCGCAAGGGAGCUUGUUGCUGCCUUCAUUCAGUCAUAGCAGUCAAUCUCGUGUCGGUCUUUGGAUUGUUGGUUUGAUCUCUGCCACUCAAUCGGAACUGGAUCGCGUCUUCCAUGCAGUUCGUGCCUCAGAUACAGCAAAAUCUCUAGCGUUGCAUCUAUUGCAAACUAUAACUUGCCGUUUGAAACAGUUUAUGCGAUGUCCUGGUGGGUCCGUCCCUUGUGCAUACAGGGACGUUCUGAUCCAGACGAUUACACCGAUUCUGAAACAUGUGCUUCGAUUUUAUCACCACCUAAUUCAUUCUGAACCCGAUUCUCUCGGUCCUGUGAACGGCCAACCCGCGGCUGCCGAGAAUCCCACUUCGCUCCCUGUCAGAACCGUUAAUGAGGAGGAGGAAGAAGAGCCUGCCAAAAGUCGCUCCAACCUCAUCGCUAGUGUCUCUUCUGCUUCGGUCGGAUUACUGGAUGUUGCGUUAACCCUGGCACUAGAUUAUUUAGGCACAGAUCGUUUACACAAACUUGCCAUCCAAAUCUACUCGGUUGCUAUCAAUCCGACCUACCCCAAAGUCUCUGAUGCAGCGGACGAAGAUCCGGACGACGAUACGGCUGAUGUGGCACCUGCACAUGCCCUGUCGACUCUUAUAAAGCUCAUAAAGGGUUGGAUCACCAAAUUGCUCAACCCGAUUCAUAGCGCUGUUUCAUCUAGCACCCAGAAGGCCUCAAGCCACCACGCCAACUCUCACACCAAGGAUCUGGUCACUCUUCUUCCGCUGCUUGUCCGUCUGUGCCAAGCGCGAGCCCAGAUUGGUUCAAUUGAAACACCCUGUUUCCCCCGCCCUGUCCACGGUCCCUACACAGGUCUCGAUCGCGUGCUCGCCUGGUUGAUAAGACUGAUGCGAACGUCCCAUGCUGCUGGAAAAUCUCGUGCUGACUCCAAUCCACUUCCGGUUGCCGUACGUGUGAAGCUGAUUGGACAAGCGAUAUGGCUGGCUCACCUAGUCGGCCCGGUUGCUAACGAUUAUGCGCAGAGGCUAAACAAUUCAGAUGAGUUGCUACAUCUGGACUAUUUGUUGACGACCAUCGCCACGGAUGUGCGGGGAGCUUUGGGUGAUUGCUCUAGUCCCCACGACGCCUUCUUCAACCCGACUCAAUCAGAAUGCGAAAUCAUCUUUCCUAUCAUCAACCGCUCCUCAGCGCUAGCGUUGUUACCGCCACUCUUUUCCACAGUUCGUCAAGUCCUAACCGAACUGGAGUGGCUGUUAUCGCGUCUUACUUCGGAUCUAGAAACUCGCAUCUCUGUGAGGACGCCAUCUCACAAUUCACCUUGUGCGAACGGAUUAGAAGGAAACAAUCGUGAAGAAGCGCUCUGUUCUCGUUUAAUCAGCCUUGGCGAAAUGUUUGCACAAUUUCUGUUCACCGCCAUCCCAGUCCCCAGCGCACAUGGGGACAAUUUGCUCGAACUUAGUGCUCGCGUGUUCAACGUUCUGACGCAGUUAGUCAAAUAUUAUCUGCGGAUCGUUCGCACCCGCACUGGUCGCUUCCCUGUUCUCUUCGAACGUGUGGUUCGUGUCUUCGGAAAGGAUGUGUCCCCUCGAGCCUACCAUUUCAUAUCCUAUAUACAACAUUCCGAAUCGGAGAAAGUGAAGAUGCUUCAGGAUAAGCAGUCUGCCAAGAAUGUUAGCCAAAAAGAUGUAGUGAAGAAAACCGCUCACGGUUCUGGUUUGUCACAUACUAUGGUUUCUCGUUCCCUCAAAGAUUCACGCGUCAUCCCUCAACUGAUUUACGCCAUCGAACAGUUUGAACGAUUUCUUAUGCAGCUCUCCAAAUUGUCUAAAGUCAAUUUGAUGCGCAACGUAAAAUUAGCAGUCUCAAGAGACUUUCGCAUCAACCCUGCCACAGUUGUUGCCCAGCUCGAACAUUCCGCUGCACUUGAUACGAGCACAAGCAGCGAUGAUGAGCCUCUCGGUGAUGUGACCGAUUCACUUCAUCAGGAAGGGAGAGAAUUGACUGGUUUGUCUCGAACCACCGUGCCUGAGAAUGCGUACGGUUGUCUCCCUUCAGGAUCUGAUGGGAGUCACUCUGUCGUAGAUCUACAGCUACCAAAUGGCUCCCAAUCUCUUUCGUUGACCAAUUCUGAUCGGUCUAUUGGAUCGUCUACAACACGUACAUCAGUCCAAAAGCGCCCCUCAUCCACCGCCGGUUUGGAAGAAGAUCAUAGUUUCUCAGGGCCAUCCAAACGGAACGUACGAAUUAGUUGAUAUUUCCAUACACCUUUGGCAUGUAUUUUGUCCUAUUUUUGUAACGUGUACUUUGUAUUCACAAUCAGCCAAGAUACAGCACUGCAGCUGCAAUUUCAACUUUUUGUACAUUUGACCGUCUGUAGUUUGUUGACACGUUGCAAAGGUUUUAAGUUGUUCGUUUAUUGCUUGCCCCCUUUGCUUUCACCUACUCUCGCUCGGUUGCGCAUUGUCGGAUACACUGACCCUCAUGGCAUGCAGCAGUCGCCCGUUGUUCACGCCUGAUCUCCUAUUUUCUUGCCUGCACCUGUCGCUCACCCUGCGCUGAUCGUCUUGAACCAUCAGUAUUUCUUGUGAUUUCCUCACAAAUCCGCUAAUGGUCAAUAUGUCUAUCUCCCACUAUACUCAAUUAUUACGUUGGGAUUUCGCAUGUUCCUCCCGAAAAAAGCACUAACCCUAUUUCUUGAUCACAGCGUGCUCUCUGUACAACGAGUAAAGAUUGUGUUUUCUUCUAGUCACUUUCGGCAUAAUCCGGC